AUGUCCCCCAUUAUGGGUGAGGCCAUUUGCCCAUCUCUAGGUUUAGUACAUCAUGUAAAUGAAAGUGGUAAACACGAAUUACAAAUCCCAGAUGUAUCCUUUUCUAUACUCGGAAAGAUUGAAUUACAAACUAGUUUCAUUGACGUUGAUGGAAAGCAUAAAAGCACUGAUCUCAUUGAAUUCUUU